AUGUCGUCAGCUGGCGAGUGUGUCGGAUCGGGGCCUCCACCGGAACCCCCAGAGGCGUUUUCCACCUCACUGAUGGCGCCGGUUCACGUUAUCGUUGACAUAUUCGCCAUCUUGCUCGUCGGAAAGGCGCAGGGUUUAUCAUAUAUUCUGGCCCAGGAGGCUCGGAACGACACGACAACUUAUCUAGCGACAAUUUAUUUCAUCAGAGGGAUGCUGGCCACGUAUCCAGCGCUGACGUUGGUGGCGAUCGUCAUCGCGCUGCUCAACUUGAUCCCGGGAAUCCUGAUGUUCCUGUCAAACAGCACUUCUGACCUGGAAGAUGCACUGGACGAGGAGCUGUCGGGCACCGAGCGAUGCCAUCUCGCCGUGCUUAGGGGCUCCAUGGCCGUUCUCCUGGUUGUGCUCGGGGGCCUCCUCGCAAGUGCUUUCGCUGCGAACUCCAUGUACAGCGACCACAUUUUCCGGCUGCCCGAGCACGCCGAUCGAUUCCGCGGUAUUCUGGCCGCCUACGAAGAUGACGUGCACAAUGUACGGACAUGCGCCUUCCUUCCUGGUUUUGCCACCACAGUCCCGCAGUAA